GCUCACUGAGCCCCGCACGCUUCGUGGGGGAGGAAACGACCACGUACAGUUACGUGGCAAAACAGCGGCGAUCCGCCACCGCCAACUUUAACUAAAUUGUCAGCCAAAAAAAAAGGGUAGAACAUCUUUGAGUGGAUUUUUUCCCGAGGUUUAAAGACGGAGCAUAAUCCAUAAAUUUGCGUAGGGGAACCAGGACAUAUUCAAUGGAUUAUACUUUGCAGGAGUUUUAAUGGAAGAUACGUUUUUGAAUGGAAGUAUUCCUGUGGAUAUUGUGCCUAUUGCAUGACGACAAAUUCAGCAAUUCUGUAAAGGAAAGGUGAAAGAUUACCAUGGAAAACGCCACUUAUUCCCAGGAUAACCAGACUCUGGGUAGCUGGACUGAUCACAGCCUUGAGUACAAAGUGGUAAGCACGCUGUUAGUGGCGGUGAUCUGCGGCGUGGGCAUCGUUGGAAACGUGAUGGUGAUCCUGGUAGUGCUCACUACUAAACACAUGCGGACACCGACUAACUGUUACCUGGUGAGCUUGGCGGCCGCCGACCUGAUGGUGCUUACUGCAGCCGGCUUGCCCAACAUCACGGAGAGUUUGUAUGGAUCCUGGGUGUAUGGCUAUGCUGGAUGUCUGUGCAUCACUUAUUUCCAGUAUCUGGGCAUUAACGCCUCAUCGUGUUCCAUCACUGCCUUCACCAUUGAAAGGUACAUAGCAAUCUGCCACCCCAUCAAAGCCCAGUUUCUAUGUACGCUUUCCAGGGCGAAAAAAAUCAUACUGGCAGUGUGGCUGUUCACCUCCCUCUACUGUGUCAUGUGGUUCUACCUGUCAGACACUGCUCAGAUUGUUUACAAGGAUGUUACUAUAGUGGUGUGCGCUUACAAAAUAUCCAGAAACCUUUACCUGCCAAUCUACUUUUUGGAUUUUGGGAUCUUUUUCGUUGUGCCCUUGAUGCUUGCCACAGUUCUCUAUGGCCUCAUCGCUAGGAUUCUCUUCCUGAACCCUUUGCCCUCGGACCCAAAGGAAAAUAGCAAAAAGAAAAAAGCAGCCACUCCGCAGAUGAAGAAGAUGCAAAGUUACAGGAACUGCAGCCGCUCCUCCAGCACCACGGCGACGUCCAGGAGGCAGGUGACCAAGAUGCUCGCAGUUGUGGUGAUCCUGUUCGCACUGCUCUGGAUGCCCUACCGCACGCUGGUGGUGGUGAACUCGCUGCUGGAGCAGGCCUACCUGGACGCCUGGUUCCUGCUGUUCUGCCGCUGCUGCAUCUACCUGAACAGCGCCAUCAACCCGGUCAUCUACAACGCCAUGUCGCAGAAGUUCCGUGCCGCCUUCCGGAAGCUGUGCGGCUGCCAGUCCAGACACGAGAAGCCGGCCGCCUGCAGCGUGGCGCUCACUUACAGCGCCAUUCGCGACACGUCCAACGGAGAGAGCCCCGAGCACUUUGCCACGGAGCUGGACGAGCUGGCCGCCGCUGAGGAGCUCCUGCGGCACGGCGACGCCCUGCAACUCGCCGGCACGCGCCUCCCGGCCAAGGUCUCCUUCAGCGAGCCCUAGUCUCACCGGGGACCCCGGCAGUGGGGCAUUGAAUACUGAUGACCUGUUUCUCUGAAGAUGGCUGAAAACUUUUAAUGUCAUAAUACUACCACGUGGAAAUUAUAUUAGAGUAGCUGACAGCCAUAGACAACAAAACAUAAACAACAACAGUAAAUAAUAAAUAAUAACAACAGCAACAUUAAUAGUAAAUAAAUGCUAAAGGAAAAAAAGAGCAUAAUUAUAGGUUAGGGCUACAUUAGGUAAUACGUUCACUGGCAACUCUCCCAGUAGCCUGAUAAAAGGUAAUUUCACCCACCAAAAAUGAAUAUCUUUGUUGGAGGUUUAUUUUCUCUUCAAAAGGAAUCCAGACAAAAUGUGUGUGAUCUAUCUUCUUCUGGCUUUUGGAUAACUGUCCAUUCAUAUGACAUCCUGCCAGCUUUAUUGUCAUGAUCUUCAUUAUUCAUUUCAUUUUCCUAACUGCAAAAUUUAUGGUAAUAUAAAGAUGAAAUGGGCAGUGAGACCAAAUUGUGAAUCAUAGUAUAGGAGUGUUUUUUUUAAUUAUUAUUUUAAAAGUAAAACGCCAGUAAAUUAAUACGUGCAGUUGGUUUUGCCAUUAACAUUUGGAAUAGGACUUGAGAAUAUUUUUUUUGACUAUCACAGGGUGACUUUUUUUUCAUGAAAAUUAACACCAUUUUUGUGAAGCAGUACAUUUUCCCAUUUUAGUGGACAUUCUCCUAAAAUUCAGAGCAAGCAAGUAUAGGGGUGGCUUGGAUAAUUGAAUAGUUGUCAAAACCCAAUAGCUUGCUAGUUAAGCAACAAUGUGUGAUGGAAAUAGGAUGUAUAACAAGUAUGGAUAUAAGAUGUAGCCAUAAACAAAUGAAGUAAUAUCUCUGGAAUUUAUCUGCACAAUAUUUCAUAGCUACCUUCCCAACUCAGUAACUUUAAAAGCAUUUUAACUACAUUUUAACAGGUUCACUGAGGAAUAUAACUCUCAUGACAUUUCGUAUUUAAAGCACAUGUUUCUGUUUGAAAGCAGUGAAAGUGGUUAGAAGGACUCAGGGUGUGGAGACCAUAUUCCUUCAUUGAUUUUCCUUAUUUUUUAUGUUGUUUGUGGAGUAAAACAUAUUCUGCCUGCACGUGGGACUGGUACCGUAGUCCUCAGUGUGAGUGGCUGGGAUUCAGUUCUCAGGGCACAGAUUGUGAAGUGAAGUUUACACAGAUCAGAAUGGCACAAUAGGGAUGCCACUUAUACUUGGACAGACUUGUCUACAGGUCUGAAACAGGGUUGAUGGAGAGGGCUGGGCGACACCCUCAGACUGUGGCAAAGGACAUCAAAUGGGAAGUUUCAGGACCAGAUGCCGUUCCAGCAAGUAUGAAUCCUCCAGUGAGCUGGAAAAUUCACAGUGUCGCCCUUGCAUGGUUGACCCCAUCGCGCCCAGGAGGUGGCUUACUGGAUCCCUGAUGAGAAAUCAAUGGCACCUGUAGUGCCGGGUUAACUUGCGCUGUGCAGUCUGACUCGUCGUCUUACCAAAUGGCUUCUUCUGCCUCAAUUCCACCUUGGCUGAUACGGCUUCUACAUGCAAGUAAGCCAGAUGGAUAACACAGGUCCCAGAGCAAGAGAAGGAAAUCAGGGACCUGGGAGUAAAGGGAACUGAACAGCAACAAACCUUACAUCCCUGUGAAGUACUGUACUGGUGUCCAUGGCGAUGCCUUGUAGAGAAGGAAAUACUCAAAAAUCCACUUAUUACUCUAAUUUACACUGUAGAUUUCUCAUUGCAACAAUGUAGUCAUUUGGAUAUUGUUACUAGAAAGUGAUGUCAUGUUCAGAAUGUAAUUCUUUAUUCAUUACUCAAGUAAAAUGCUUUACAAGUGUUAUUUCAUCCUCCAGAACCAAGGUCAAUGAAUUUAUUUCCAGAAAACAAAAGAUUGGGGACGCAUUGUCAGUAGAAUUUGCACGUGGCCUAGCUAUGUACUUCUGUUAGGCCAUGAUAAAGAAUAAAUUAUGGGAUAAUCUUAAAGAUUAUCACAACCCUGUACAUAGAAAACAGUUGGGAUGGAUGGAUGAAUGGAUGGAUGGAUAUAAAUGAUGUAAAUCCUACUGGUAUCUGAGGGCUAGGACCAGUCACUGUCAAAUACUUAGCAAAUCUUCGCUUAUGUUCACAGAGUCUGUAAAAGUGUUCUGUAAUGAAGUGAUAAUAUAGGAAAGUGAAAUAAAUGUUCUUUCUGAAAUAGCUGCGAAUAUACAAAAUACAGGAAAAUAUUUCGACAUUGUUAUCUUUGCAAAUUCAUUUUCUUGUGUUGUGCCAUAAAGAAAGUGCUUUGGAAUAGAUACACUUUUCUUUAAAAUAUGUAAAACAUAUAAAAUAUAUUCCAAAUGUGCUAUGCUAUCUCACUGUGGUAAACAGGAAUCAUAUUUUUUGAAAGGAACGUUUUCUGUAUUUGCCAGUGUUUCAGUCAGUACCUUUUCUUGUGUUGUUUAUGUAGAAGGUCACUGGAUUUUCUUGCCUUCAUUUUAUGGUCGAAAUAAUAUAGAGAAAAUAUGAAGCAAAUUUCCAUUAUUAACUUCACUGAUGUUCUGUUUACACUGACAUGAAAAUAAAGUAGUUGGUAUAACUACUCAGUCAUGGAAUUUUAGCCCAUUCAUGAUAUAUUUCUGAGAUACCUUAAGGCAUUUUGUUUUAUGGUUGAUGUUUU